CAAUUUUUAUUUUUCAGAAAGAGCGAAGAAAAUAAUGGGUUCUGCUGAACUAAGACUCCAAACUCUAGCACAACAUUUCAGACUUGAAGAAUCAGUCAAACCACCUCCACCACCUACCGGUUACGCCACCUCCGAUUCAGCAACCAAACGGGCGGCGGUUCUGGUGUGUCUGUUCAAAGGGGAUGACGGCGAGCUGCGCGUCAUUCUCACGAAACGAUCUUCAUCUCUGUCUUCCAGCCCUGGCGACGUUGCGCUCCCCGGUGGGAAAAGAGAGGAAGCGGAUGCUGAUGACGUGCAAACCGCCCUCCGGGAGGCCAAGGAGGAGAUCGGCCUGGACCCUUCCCUAGUCAACGUCGUCUCCGUUCUCGAUCACAUUGUAAACUCGCAUGGUGUGAUUGUGGUUCCGGUAAUUGGCCUACUUUCUGACAUAAAAGCAUUUAGUCCGGCUCCAAAUGCUGCAGAAGUGGAGGCAAUUUUUUAUGCUCCUUUAGAAAUGUUUCUCAAGGAUGAGAAGAGGAGAGAGGAGGAGAGAGAAUGGAUGGGAGACAAGUAUCUCUUAAAUUACUUCGACUUUGAAGCAGAUGAUGGUGAAGUGUAUGUGAUAUGGGCCCUAACUGCUGGCCUUCUGAUAAGCACUGCUUCAGCAGUGUAUGAGCGGCCUCCGGCGUUUCUCGAGCGGAGGCCAAAGUUCUGGAAGAGUGGCCAGGGAGCACCACCAUGCCCUAGACUUUAAUGUCAUUUUAUUGUUACUCAUGUGAUGUUACAUGUUUUUGCAAUCUGCAUUUUCAAGUUGAAUCCCAGAAACCUUCAAUGUGGCUGUUUAUCUUUAA